CUCGGCUGGGGCAUGUCUUCAAGCACCUGGCUUGCCCAUGACCGCAUUGAGAACUCCUAUGUUGCCAUCAAGAUACUUAACGGCUACACCACCGACCUUGUCCAGCGUGGUCUCGUCUGGGAACAUGUGGCACUCCAGCGUGUUUCGUCUCCGACAUCGAGCCCAUAUUGCCUCCAGCUACUGUCUAGCUUCAGGCUUUCUGGAAAGGGUAGCGCAGGGGAACACCUCUGUUUAGUAACGCAGGUCUUUGACGGAGACGUCAAGUCGCUAUUUCUGGCGCAUAGCAAAGACAACAAAGUCUUUCCUCUUUCUCUUGCCAAACGCAUCCUCCUGCAUACCCUUCGCGGCAUUGCCCAUGCUCACAGCUGUGGCGUCGUACACACUGAUCUGAAGCACGAUAAUAUUUUCUUUGACUGUCGCAUGUCCACCCACGACUUUGACGAGCUUCUGGCUUCUGAUCCAUCUCGUCGUCACCCUCCAGAGGCGUCUCAGGACGGAAUUGUGCAGUCGGCUGUCUCACAGCCACUCCCACUUCCUUCUUUGCAAGAAGCCAUGCAACGAACAUUUGCCCUCGGCGACUUCGGUAGCGCUCAGCCUAUAGAUAAACAUACCGUCGACCAUAUCACAGCUGUGCAUCUUCGUCCGCCUGAAAUUAUUAUUGGAGGGCCAUGGAAUGAAACCGUAGAUAUAUGGACAUUUGGAUGCUUGGUCUUUGAAAUUGUCACCGGUCGCGGUCUUUUCAAAUACGAGCCAUACCUCAAAUACCGCCUCAAUGACACUAGCAACCUUCUGUACCAGAUGAUAUGCUAUACAGGUGAAGACUUCAGUGAAGAGCAGCUCAGGAUCGGUGCUCAGGCGGCCGAGUUCUUCGACACUACUUGUAACCUCAGAGAAAACCCAACACUUUAUAACUACUCGUUCGAAAUAUGUAUUCGGAGUUACAAAGUCAUAGAGGAAGCCGACGUUCUUUCCACCGCUCGUCUGAUGAGGAGAUGCUUACGCCUGGAUCCUGCAGAGCGUGCGAGCGCUGUCGAAUUACUUUCUGAUCCGUGGUUCAAUGGUGUCGAUUAGGACCGCUUGACAUACAGUAGUACGAUCCACACAUAUUUAUCGUUUGACGGUUGUGCAAUGAUUGUUACACCGCAGACAUGAAGCGAUUUGUGCAGUACCAUCCCCGAGAGUCGGUGGACACAUCCUGAGACCCUGCCCAUUCCCGUGUUCCGAUUCCUCUGCUUUCCCUCAUUCCCUUUUCCUAUGCCAAAAUGUUUCGCCUACAUAUUUCGCGGAAGCUACCCCAUACGUCGGUGCUUCGCGGAAUUAUGUAUACGUAGUGUCUGGUCUAAACCUAAUGGGUACACUUUGCUCUGUGCAGUUUGUCCUUCUCGAUGUAACCACUUGGCAUUAACACUGUAAAUCUGACUUUUGGCUGGGCUUUUUGGCACAACAGACUAUAAGUACACGAUAAAGGCACGCGAAAGAAAAAAAAGUCGACACAAAAACCAGUGACUUCCCUAAAUCGAGCCGAGCGUACAUCACAACUCCUCCUCCCUCGGUUUCCUUCGGCUCCCGC